GACCGAGUGAGAAGAAGCCUGUCGGAAGGACCGUCCAGCCAGCCAGCCAGCAUGACCUUUCAGAGAACGUUCCUCGCCAUUCUGGUGGUGUCAACAGCCGUCCUUUGCCAAGCCGAAGACGCGGCCGAGAAGAACGAACGUCUCACCACGACGACAACAAAUGACGUCAUCAUCGGCACGGAGUUAUUAGUGUAUGGCGGUAUUAUCGUGUUUAUCGUCCUUGGCCUUAUCGGCGUCAUCGGGCUGUUUAUACCGAAGGAGGAAGUGGCUACUGGGUUCUACGCGCCGUCAGCCUACGCCGCCCCAGCCCCUGUCUACCACCACGAACACGAACCCAGCUCAUACACCUCAUACUCUGUUCACCGCUCGCUCGAAGACGCUGAUAAGAAGUACCAAUAGAAAGAAGGAAGAUGAAGAAGAAGGAGAAGGAAAGAG